CAAUUUCUGUCUCUGGGUUUUUAUUAAAUCAUGCUACACACAUACACAAAGGAUUUUAUGUGGCCAUAAAGAAAAAUGAAAUCAUCAUCUUUGCAGGAAAAUGGAUAUGACUGGAAACCAUUAUGUUAAGCGAAGUAGCUCAGAUGUCUCUCCUCUGAGAACUUUAAUUUCAUAACUGUGUACAGACAUAGGGAGCUCUGGGUAUAGGACUUGAAACUAAGAAGGGGCAAUGGGAAGGGGAGGAGAGAGAUCAUAAAGAAGGGCUGGGGAGGGGAAGGAAAUAGACUAAAUGUGACAUGAAAUCACGGUAGGAGCGUCUCACCAGGGAUCGGCGAGAGAAGGAGGGGAGGGGGAACGAUCGGUGAAACAACAUAAAGCAUGUAUGAAAAUCCCAUAACGAAACCCAUUUCUUUGUAUGCAAUUAUUUUGUUUCUUUGUUUUUCGAGACAGGGUUUCUCUGUGUAACAGUCCUGGCUGUCCUGGAACUCACUUUGUUGCUCAGGCUGGCCUCUAACUCACUGAGAUCCACCUGCCUCUGCCUCCCGAGUGCUGAGAUUAAAGUCACCUACGGCUCUGCUCUCUGAGAAGUCACGCUGACUCACCGGCUCUAGCUGUGAUGUUCUGCUGUCCAUCUUGCCUGCCGGAACAGCUCAACCCAGGGUCUUCCUGAAGUGGCGACCACUCCAGCUGGCAGGGGUAGAAAAUGGUACCAGUCAGGCCGGAGCCCUGGGAGCCCACAGUCACAGCUGCAAGAUGGAGGAACCCACUCCCGAGCCAGUCUAUGUGGAUGUGGACAAGGGGCUGACCUUGGCUUGCUUCGUUUUCCUCUGCCUCUUCCUCGUCGUCAUGAUCAUCCGCUGUGCCAAGGUCAUUAUGGAUCCUUACAGUGCCAUUCCCACGUCUACCUGGGAGGAGCAGCACCUGGAUGACUGAGUGUCACGGUAUCCUGGGAUGCCCCUCUUCACACCCUGGCCGAGACCCGACAAGCACUUGGAGGCUGGGAGUGGCUAUGACCACUCAGAGACGGAGACGGCUCGCUUUCACCUUAUUGGUUCUCGCAUGACCGCCAGAGGGAAAUGCCAGCAUGCUGGAGGCAAGGCAGUUUGGGGAAGCCUGGGAAGGAUGCUAAGCCAUGACUCAGGCAAGUGGGGUCUGUUCUGGGACUCCACUGGGAGACUUCAGGGUGACGGUCCCCUGUCUAGGCUCCUGCGCAUCUUUGGAAAAUGAACAAAGAAUAGAUACUCUGGUCUGCAAACAGUGGUCGGGGGAGACUGCCCUUCAAAUACACAGCGCAGAGAGAGGCUGCUGAGAGCCCAGGAUCUUACCCACAACCUAGCAGCCGAGGGGCAGGAAGAACGGAAAAUUCAGGGGGCUUCUCCUGCAAAUUCUCACAAGGCACACAGUUACUUCCAAACAGUGUUUCUUUUUUAACUAAAAUAUAGAGGGAUAUAUUUUUCCUGUUAAGAAUGAGAUGUGCAUUUUAGACACUUGGGGAAAUAUAGAAGAAAUAUAAAUAUAAUAAAAGAAAAGUACAACUAGAAGGAAGGGAUGUGAAGAGCACUUAUAAUCCAACUUCCCAGAAGCCAUCAUUUUGAUAUACUUCUCCAAGACUUUUUUACAAGAAAUUUUUUUAGUAAUUCACACCAUAUGCAUGAUGCUGCAUUGAUUCAUACGACAGCUCAACUACCUUCUGCCUCUCAAGAUACCAUGGUUGGUUUCACUGACUGAAGAGUGUACUGUCUAGGUCACGACUGAAUAGAGUCCUUUUCUUUCUCUUUAACAUUCGCACAAUGUUCUCACCCAAAUCACUUCACCCAGCGACCUUCAGAAGCUCUGCAUCCCAGGAGCUCCAGGCAAGAUCUGGGUUCUAGUCCUGCUUCAGCUACUCAAAGGUUGUACGAUCUUGAGAAAGUCACCUCCCCUCCAGGUACCUCAGUUUCACCAUUGUAAGAUGAGAAGGGGGAGUCUGCCUGCCUGUCAGGGAAAGCAGCCAUGCUACGGCGGGAGCUGAGACUAGGCUGCUGGUGAUCACUCUUCUCUGGUCUUUCCUUCAUCCUCUUCCUUCACCCUCUUCUCCCACACACACUGUCACCGACAUCUAUGACCUUGCUGCAAGGGUUCUAGGUCAGAGCCCACAUCCCCCUCCCAGCCUCCACUCCCAUGUUCUUGUUAUAUGACCCCCUAAAUAAAUCAGCACCUGUGAGCGCCA